CGGUGACGAACAACGUAACCACUACCAAACACACUGCAGAGGCACAAGUUCUCUAUUUUUUGAAGAAACAACUGUUUUCGUAAAGAAUGCUGGCUUUAAAGCUGCAAAGAAAGUAUCCGGAGCUUUCAAAUGAGGAAAUCUUCACUUUAACCGAGCAAUUUGGCCGGUUGGAUGUUGAUGGCAAGGGAUACAUCGACCAACCUUCUACGAUUAAGGCUUUCGAGAAAAUGCAGAAUGCUUCUUACGACAGCGUUCGGGAAGCUUUAAAGGAGGUGAAUAUUGAUGCUUCCGGCCGUGUUGAGACGGAAGAUUUUGUUGCUGUUUAUGCUACCCUCAAGAAGGGUGUGGAGGCUGCUGAAGUUCACAAAGGACGUAUUACUAUCAAAGGAUCGUCAGCUAGCGUUUCACAUACGAUUAAUGAAGAAGAACGCCGUGAGUUCAUUAAGCAUGUUAAUUCUGUGCUUGCUGGCGACCCGGAUCUGCAGGAUCGGAUCCCUAUCAAUACGGAGACCUUUGAGUUCUUUGAUCAGUGCAAGGACGGCCUGGUACUGUCUAAGCUCAUUAACGACAGUGUCCCCGACACCAUCGAUGAGCGUGUGCUCAACAAACCCAAAAACAAGCCUCUUGACCGUUUCAAGCAAAUUGAAAACAACAAUGUUGUAAUCAACUCCGCCAAAGCCAUGGGCGGUGUCACGGUUACCAACAUUGGUGCAACGGAUAUCCUGGAGGGCCGUGAGCAUCUUAUUCUGGGUCUCGUAUGGCAGAUUAUCCGCCGGGGUUUGCUGAGUAAAAUUGAUAUUACUCUGCAUCCUGAGCUGUAUCGUUUGCUGGAAGAGGAUGAGACGCUGGACCAGUUCCUUCGUCUGCCUCCCGAAAAGAUUCUGCUUCGUUGGUUCAACUUCCAUUUGGCUGCCGCCAACUGGCCUCGCCGCGUCAGCAACUUCUCUAAGGAUGUUGCCGACGGCGAGAAUUACACCAUUCUGCUGAACCAACUCAAGCCUGACUUGUGCUCUCGUGCUCCUUUGGAGACCCGAGACUUAUUGCAACGCGCCGAGCAAGUCCUAGAAAACGCGGAGAAACUGAACUGCCGUAAGUAUUUGACUGCCACUGCCAUGGUUGCGGGUAAUCCCAAGUUGAAUUUGGCUUUUGUGGCCCAUCUUUUCAACACCCAUCCUGGUUUGGAGCCUUUGAAUGAAGAAGAGAAGCCCGAAAUUGAACCCUUCGAUGCUGAGGGUGAGCGUGAGGCCCGUGUGUUUACUCUUUGGCUUAACUCUCUCGAUGUCACUCCCAGUAUUCAUGACUUCUUCAACAACCUUCGUGAUGGUUUUAUUUUGUUGCAGGCUUACGACAAGAUUACACCUAACACGGUCAAUUGGAGAAUCGUUAACAAGCCCCCUACCAAUGGCAAUGAAAUGAUGCGUUUCAAGGCUGUUGAAAACUGUAAUUACGCCGUGGACCUUGGCAAAAAGCAGGGCUUUUCGCUCGUCGGUAUCCAAGGUGCUGAUAUCAACGAUGGCUCGCGUACCUUGACUCUUGCACUUGUGUGGCAGAUGAUGCGCAUGAACAUCACCAAGACACUCCAGAGUCUGAGUCGUGGCGGCAAGGAGCUUUCGGAUGCCGAUAUGGUUAGAUGGGCCAACGACAUGGUUCGCAAGGGCGGUCGUACGGCACAAAUCCGCUCGUUCCGUGACCCUAUCUUGUCUACGGGUGUGUACGUCCUGGACGUUUUGAACGGUAUUAAGAGCGAAUACGUUGAUUACGACCUUGUUCUUCCUGGAAACACUGAGGAAGAAGCUAUUCAAAAUGCUCGUCUCGCUAUUUCCAUUGCCCGCAAGCUCGGUGCCGUUAUCUUUAUUCUUCCCGAAGAUAUUGUUGCUGUUCGUCCCCGACUCAUUCUUCACUUUAUUGGAAGUCUUAUGGCUGUAUAAAUAAGCCGCCGUUACAUUCCCUGCGUGAACCGCCGUCGAUGUCAAUAUCACCUCCUCAAAACCUCGUCAUCUCAUCUCGACAUGCCGCAGCUACUUUUCUUACUGCCUUACAGUUGUCGAACAUUGAACUAUUGUUAACCCGGUUGGCAAUUGUGGUUUGGCUAUUGUAUGUUUUUCAUAUGAAUUUUAUCUCUCUUCCUCGCGGUCGUUUUGUUACAUUCUACAAAUUGCAUUACUUUUGUAAACCUAGACGAAUAAGCCAGUUCUAUAUGACUGUCAUGAAUAUGUCUGCGGCUUUGCGACUUUUGUGC